AUGCGAAAUGAUGCAGAUUUAGCUUGGAUUUUACAAGCUUUAUCAGAAACUGAUCGAACUGCUAAUAAUCGUGAACGCCGUGUAUCAUCAAGAAAAAGUCGCCGUAAAGAUAGAGAUAAAGAAGCUAUGAAAACUAAAAAUGGAAUUGCUGAAUCAACUACUAACCCACAAUACAUUGUCAAUUUAGAAGAUCGUAUGUUUACACAAGGAAGUAAUUUUACGGCUAAUAAAAUUUGUCGAUUAGCUGAUGAUUGGUUUAUAUCAAGUACAAAAGAAAGGUUAUGA